AUGCCCAAAAGAAGAGGUGCCAUGAGUUCCACCAUGGAACUUGAUAACUUAGCAAGAUGGAAAAUGAUAAGUUGCUUUUGGGGGCAGCAAAGCAGGAAACCCAUUAGCUGUCAAGAGCUCUGUAGAGCAGCCAUACAAACCACUACUCCCCCUUCUUCCUCUUCCUCCCCCUUCCCCUGCCCCUCCAUUUUGGUCUCAUCCAUGGCACUCAGGAGGCAAGUGAAAAACUUUGUGAAAAAUUACUCAGAGGCAGAAGUCAAAGUCCGGGAAGCAACUUCUAAUGACCCUUGGGGUCCUUCGAGUUCUUUGAUGUUAGAUAUCAGUGACCUGACCUUCAAUACAGUUUCUCUCUCUGAAAUUAUGAGUAUGCUAUGGCAGAGACUAAAUGACCAUGGGAAGAAUUGGCGCCAUGUGUACAAGUCCCUCACCCUCAUGGAUUAUCUGAUCAAGAAUGGAUCUAAAAAAGUCAUUCAGCUUUGCCGAGAGGGCUUCUUUAACAUUCAGACAUUAAAAGAUUUUCAUCACAUAGAUGAAGCUGGAAAAGACCAAGGUUACUAUGUCCGGGAAAAAUCUAAGCAAGUCAUCGCUUUGCUGAUGGAUGAACAGUUGCUGCAUAAAGAACGGGAGGUUGCAUGUCGGACGAGAAGGCGAACAUCCUAUUCAAUGACAUUUCCUAAAAGACUGCCCGGCACCAGCCAUUCGCCAUUACCAGGCCCUCCCCUGGCAUCAGACAUUUCUGCUUCAGAGAACAAGCAUAAACCUCUCAAGGUCUCAAGACUACAUCUCACAAAAAGUGCUUCCAAGACAGAACUGAGACCAGAGCAGAGCUAUUGUGUUCACAUGCCGAGCAGAAGCGCAGUGUCCCAAGAAGCAUUACCACUCAAAAUCAGCGUUUGGAAGUCAGCAGAAGACCUGAUGGUAUUUUAUGAUGAAGAACCAAAGCAACUUUUGCCACCACCAUCUCCCACGAUGAUCCCUCCCACUUCAUUGGUGACACAAGAGUGUGAAGAAGGAUGCAGCCUCUGGGAUUCAGAUGCAGUACCUGUUCCUUUGGGGAAAAGUCCAUCUCUGCAUACGAACUUGAGCUUGGGCAAGAGGCUAGACAGUUUGGGCAUUGACCGACUCCCAUUAUCAAAUUUUGCAAUGGAAAACACCAUGCAGCAAUCUCUAGAACGUCAUUCGCCUCAGAAAAAUUGUGAUACCUUGGAAACUUUGCAGGGUCUUUGGCCAUCGGGGAGAGAAGAAGUUGUCAAUGCCAACUUAAGGGUCUCAAAGUCAGAUCCUUUCUUCCAUAGAUCUCAGGCUUUUUUCCGUAAAUCCCAGGCUUCUGUAGAAACCCUCUAUAUGUCUCCCUCCUUCAAAACCAUUGAGACUCUGAAGGAGAGCAUAAAUGACAAGGAGUAUCCAAAAACAACACAGAGUUCUUCCAAACAAUUUUCGGAGACUAACAUGACACCGCUGCCAAAUCUCAGCUCCAACAGCAUUAAGAUGGAGGGUGUAGACCUCAACCCUUUUGCAAGACAUGAUUCGGCCAUCUCUGAAGGAACAUCCUCAUCUUUUUCCACCUUCUCGGUCUCAUCCCCUGACUUAGUCACUCCAGAAAACUCACUUCAUCUUUUAGCUCUGCCUUCCGGUGGACGUUCUCUCAGGCCUUCAUCCCAUGGGUCUUCCUCCUCCUCUGCUCUCUUUAAAGAGAUGCAGGUCAAGGUUAACCGCCCCUUUGCUCCUUGCCUGGCAUCUUCAGAUGAAGAUGAGAGUGACACAGUCAACUUGCUAAACAUCCUCCCUAAUAGUUCCAGGUCUGUAGAUGAUCGAACUCUUGCUGGUACCAGAGGUAACUGGGUCACCUUCCCGGCCCAGAAUACGCAGUGCCUGACGUCAGUGUCUGAUCCUACUUCCCUCGUGAGCAAACAGCAAUCUGAGGCAACUGGUACCAACACAUCCAUCCUGGUUUUAUUAGGGGAGAUCAAAAACGCUAUUGGGAGACUGCAUGGAGAUCUGAGCACUGUGGUCAGAGAGCUUCGAGUCAUCAAUGGUCACCUGGUGAGCUUGGAGGCUGGGAACAGUCAGCAAGAAACUCAGCAAGUCAGCAAGCCUCCCCUGCCCGGAGCUCCCCAGGAUGGCCAUCCCAGUCAGUUCUGA